UCAUGUUUCUGGAUGGACACCACGCUGUAGUUCUGCUGAGAAGAGGAAGAGGAGGAGUUCUUUCUUUGUCCUGUGUCGCUCUCUCAGCUCACUGCUUUUCUUUUAUCGGCCUGGAUGAUCAAUCACUUGGAAUAUUUGUAUUUUGGAUUGUUCGUCACCUCGUCGAUUUAUUCGUUUGUUCCCUUUUCUUAGUACUUCAACGUCGACCCAUUCAUGUUCCAAAACAAAUAUACUUUAUUACUUUGAUGGCGGUUUAGCGUGCAGCUCACUGUUUGUCUGCACUGGUCUCUGUCUGGCCUGGUUCUGGUCCUGUUUUCGGGUUCAGCUGUGAUCCCUCGGAGGGUCCAUGCAGCGCUCCCGCCACUAUGGCACCUCCUACUCCUCCUCAGUUCCUGUAGAGGAGGUCCACGCUGAGAAGGAGGAGGAUCCUGUGUUCCAGGAGACAGGAGGUGUUGAUGAAGAGGAGGUCCAGCUGUCAAAGGAGGAGGUGCAGCCUGUGGUAGAGGAGACAGAGGGCAAGACAUCGCCGCCGCCGCCGCCGGUGGAAAGCAAGAAUGGAAAGAGGACGGAGCGAGGAGGAGGGGAUGCAGGAGGUGAAGGCUCCAAGUACUCCAUGUUCACCUGGUUUGUGGUGCUGGCUCUGCUGGGAGUCUGGAGCUCCGUGGCUGUGGUCUACUUCGAAAUCGUGGACUACGACAGCGUCAUCGCCAGAGCUAAGGAGUUCCGUAUGAACUUUUCGGAUGUUUUACAAGGGAAGCUGACGGCCUACGACACAGACGGAGACGGAGACUUUGACGUGGAGGAUGCCAAAGUUCUGCUCGGGCUGAAAGAGGUCGAGGCCCCACAUGUUGGAGAUUCACCUGAGGAGAAAACAGAAACCUCUGAGCCUUUGGCUGAAACAACCAAUCAGCAAGCUGCAGAGCCGCCGGGGGCGGAGCCAACAGAGGCCGAACCAUCCAGGACGCCAGCUGAGGAGACGGCAUCAGUUUCAGAGAGCGGCCCCUCACCCAUCCACCGCAGUGAUGAAGUCUCUAGAUCUCACGAUGUGGAGUCUGAAAUCCAAGCUGCCGUCCCUCUCCCUGCGCUGGUGGAAGAUAACUUUGUGCCAGAUGAUCCUCGAGACAGUGCACAUCCGUACGAGGAUCAAGUUGACACCAUAGACACGACUGGAGUUCUGUUGGAGGAGCCGCCGCCGCCGGAGGAUAGUGUAGCAGAGUCUGGACAACACUUAACAAGCUCCAGAGUCACACAGGAAGCAGAGCCAGUCGCACAAGAGGAAAACCUGUCUGAACCACCAGCAGAACCAGAACCACAGAGUGAAACACCCAGAGAGGCUGAGACCAGUCCAGAGGCCGAGGGAACGGCCGAGAAGCAGGCUGAAGAGAAGCUCAAAGAAAAAGCAAAGAAGAAGAAGCCCAAACUGUUGAACAAGUUCGAUAAAACCAUUAAAGCGGAAAUCGACGCUGCAGAAAAGCUUCGCAAGAAGGGGAAGUCAGAGGAAGCGCUGAGAGCGUUUGAGACUCUGGUGCAGCAGCAUCCACAAAGCCCCCGCGCUCGCUACGGAAAAGCCCAGGCAGAGGACGACCUGGCUGAGAAGCUGCGCAGUAACGACAUGCUGCAGAAAGCCAUCAACACCUACAGAGAAGCUGCCGAGCUUCCUGAUGUGACCUCCGACCUCCUGAGAGCGGCUCUGAAGAGACGAGCUGAGCGGCAGCAGUUCCUGGGUCGGAUGCGCAGCUCUCUGGCGACUCUGGAGAAGCUGACUCAGAUCUUCCCAGAAGACAUCGGCCUGAAGAACGAACUGGGCGUCGCCCACCUGUUGCUAGGAGACAACAAGGGCGCCAAGAAGGUGUAUGAAGAGGUUCUGGCGGUUGCCCCCAGCAACGGCUUCGCUAAAGUUCACUACGGCUUCAUCCUGAAGUCCGAGAACAAGAUCGCAGAGAGUAUACCGUACCUGAAGGAGGGUUUGGAGUCGGGUGAACCGGGGACGGACGACGGGCGUUUUUAUUUCCACCUGGGCGACGCCCUGCAGAGGGUCGGAGACAACAGUGCCUAUCACUGGUAUGAGUUGGGUCAUAGGCGUGGUCAUUUUGCCUCGGUGUGGCAGAGGUCUCUGUAUAACGUGGCCGGUCUGAAGGCUCAGCCGUGGUGGACGGCUAAAGAGACGGGAUACAUCGACCUGGUGAAGACGUUGGAGAGGAACUGGAAGACGAUCCGGGACGAGGCUCUGGCUGUGAUGGACCAGAACACCGGACUGUUCAUACCUGAGGACGAGAACCUGAGAGAGAGAGGAGAGUGGGGCCAGUACACGCUGUGGCAGCAAGGGAAAAAAGUUGGGAAUUCCUGUCAGAGUGUCCCGAAGACCUCACUGCUGGACAGUUACUCUGAAGCUACAGGCUGCAAGAGAGGACAGAUUAAGUUCUCAGUCAUGCAGCCAGGUACUCAUGUGUGGCCUCACACUGGUCCCACUAACUGCAGACUGAGGAUGCACCUCGGCCUCGUCAUCCCAAACACGGCUGCAGGAUCCGUGACCGACCAGACCAGGGAGUGGGAGGAGGGUAAAGUCCUGAUCUUCGACGACUCCUUCGAGCACGAGGUUUGGCAGGACGCCGACAGUUACCGCCUCAUCUUCAUCGUGGACGUUUGGCACCCGGAGUUAACGGCGUACCAGCGCCAGACUCUGAGCCCGAUUUAGAUCAGGCUGAACCACAGCGAGGACCGCGAACCCGGACCAGAGACCCGGUAAGAACAGUUUGACGGAUUUAUCGGACUGGCUGAAGAGUCACGUGACGACGGACUGACUCGUUUUUUUGCUUUUUUUCGUGGAUAAACUACUAAAACUGUCGAAGACUGUCGAAGGACCAAACCAUCAGAUUGAAGGAUGGAAAUGAAAAACAAAGUUACUACUGACGUUACAACCUCUCACCAAAACACAUGCGGUACCUGUCCGAUUGAGCCGGGUUCACCCAGUUUGGACCAGUUCACACGGUCAUGAUGGAGUUCUUUAGCUGUGGAGAUGUUUUAUCUCCAGGUGUGUAGAGACGUUACUGAGCAGCUGAGUUCGAUGCCUUCACGAUGAAACACUAAAAACAAACUGAAGGAACCUCCGUGAAAAAGUCUCACGUCCUUACGUUACGUUACGUUACGUUCACGAAAUAAGAGCAGCAGCCUUCGUUUGAGCUCGACCACUAUGUAUUCCUCCAGUCGGGUUUUUUACUUUCACCUUUCAUCACUUUUGCACAGUAACACGUAAACACGAGAUGUUCUAAAAGAUGAUUUAUAUUUAUAUUAAAAAUAAAAAAUGCUGAAAAAAA